UGAUAUGAAGACAGAUUUAAAGAAAGGUUCAUGGAGUGCCGAAGAAGAUCAAAAGUUGAUUUCUUACAUUGAAAAAUAUGGCAUCUGGAACUGGUCCCAGAUGCCGCGAUUUGCUGGUUUGUCGAGAAAUGGGAAGAGUUGCCGACUCAGAUGGAUGAAUUAUUUGAAGCCUAACGUAAAGAGAGGAAACUUUUCAAAGGAAGAAGAAGAAAUCAUUCUCCAUUCUCACUCACUUCUUGGCAAUAGGUGGUCAGCGAUUGCAUCGAAACUUCCAGGGAGGACUGAUAAUGAUGUAAAAAACUACUGGCAUACCCAUCUCAAGAAACGAGCAAUAAAACAUAAGAAGCUGCCAGAAAAACCGGAGCAAAAUGACACGAACCCAUCACCAACAUAUGGUUUAGAUAAUGUUGAGGGAACUCAGCAGUCUACUAAUCAUUCCAAUUAUGUUUCUGGAUCCUGGUUCACUUUUGAUGAUGACAACCCUUCAUCUAGCUGCACUACAACUACCAACGAUUACGGCUUUGAUCAGUUUACAGCUGAGUAUCAUGAUGCGGGUUCACCGGGGACCAUUGAUGAUCUUCAGCUAUUUUGGGAUCAACUUUGCCCGGUUGAGAACUUGGAGAUUGCAAACAAUCACUUGGAUGGUUUUUCAAACCCUAUUUCUCAAGAUUCUUACAAUGAUCCUAUCAGCUCUUACAGCAUUUUUAAUAAUGAUUACAUCACUAAUAUCCUGCCCCAUCCUUAGAGAGUGAUAGUUAUAAGUUGUUCGUUUAGAUCCAUUCAAUAAUCAUGCAUUCUCAAAAAGGUGGUAUGUUUUGGGUUACCUAGAAGUUACAAUCUAGUCCAAAUCAAUACUAGUUGACAUGUAGCAUUUAUACUUGUAAUAAACAUGUAUGCAUG